AUACCAAGCGCGGCCUGUUCAGUUACAAUAUCUGUUUUCAUUACGUCGGCCCGUCAGCAGAAAAAUAAACAAUGUAGAAUCUUAAUUCGAAGUAUUAUGGACUCAGCUAAAUUUGAAAAUGUGAAUUUGUAUACUGUGUAUUGAAGUGAUGUUAGAAGCUUGUUCACUGUAAUAAUUUCAGUCAAUCCAAUCAUGAGUUUUACAAGAUUGUAUCCCAGGAAUAUUUUUAUCAAAAGCAGAUGCGGGCCUCGCAAGUGGUACUCGUCAGGUGUCGGCGAUGCGGUGCCCAUCGACAAAGUGCUGGUGGCGAACCGCGGGGAGAUAGCGUGCCGCGUGAUACGGACGGUCAAGAAGCUGGGGAUGCGCGCUGUGGCCGUGUACAGCGACGCAGAUGCCGGCGCCAUGCACGUGGCUCUGGCGGACGAGGCGUACCGGCUGGGGCCCGCCCCGUCCCAGGAGAGCUACCUGCGGCAGGAGGCAGUCGUGAUGGCGGCCCAGGGGGCCGGCUGCCAGGCCGUGCACCCCGGCUACGGCUUCCUCUCUGAGAACGCAGAGUUCGCGGAGCUGUGCCAGCGAGCGGGCCUGACCUUCGUGGGCCCACCGGCCAGCGCCAUCCGGGACAUGGGCAUCAAGAGCACAUCCAAGGCCAUCAUGUCGGCGGCGGGGGUGCCGGUCAUCCAGGGUUACCACGGCGACGACCAGUCGGACGUGAGACUGCGGGAGGAGGCGGAGCGCAUCGGCUUUCCCGUCAUGAUCAAGGCUGUCCGAGGGGGUGGGGGCAAGGGGAUGCGGGUGUGCCGGGCGGGCGCGGAGUUUGCGUCGCAGCUGGACUCUGCGCGGCGCGAGGCGCUCAAGGCCUUCGGGGACGGGGCGGUGCUGCUGGAGCAGUUCGUGCGCGACCCCAGGCACGUGGAGGUGCAGGUGUUCGGGGACCGGCACGGCAACUACGUGCACCUGUUCGAGCGCGACUGCAGCGUGCAGAGACGCCACCAGAAGGUCAUCGAGGAGGCCCCGGCCCCCGGCGUACCGGCGCAGCUGCGGGCGGAGCUGGGGCGGGCGGCGGUGAGAGCGGCGCGCGCGGUGGGCUACGUGGGCGCCGGCACCGUGGAGUUCAUCCUGGACCCCAGCACCGCCGCCUUCCACUUCAUGGAGAUGAACACCCGGCUGCAGGUGGAGCACCCCGUCACCGAGAUGGUGACCCGCACCGACCUGGUCGAGUGGCAGCUGAGGGUCGCGGCCGGGGAGCGGCUGCCCGUGACUCAGGACGACAUCGCGCUGCACGGACACUCCUUCGAGGCGCGCAUCUACGCGGAGAGCCCCGGCGACGACUUCCUGCCGGGCGCCGGGCCGCUGCGCCACCUGCGCUUCCCGGAGCCCGGCCCCCACGUGCGCGUGGAGACGGGCGUGCGCCAAGGGGACGAGGUGUCGGUGCACUACGACCCGAUGAUCGCCAAGCUGGUGGUGUGGGGCCCGGACCGGGCGGCGGCGCUCCGGAGACUGCGUGCCCAGCUGCUGCAGUGCCACGUGGUGGGACUGGACACGAAUGUGAACUUCCUGGUGGCGCUGAGCGCGCACCCCAGCUUCGCGCGUGGCGACGUCCAUACCAGCUUCAUCCCGCAGCACCGCGCGGAGCUGUUCCCGCCCGUGGGGGCCCCCGCCCCUCCGCUGCUGGCCCAGGCCGUGCUCGCUGCGAUACUGCACGAGGACCUGCUGGCCGCGCGGGAGGACCCAGACCCGCUGAGCCCCUUCGCUCAGGAGCGCGGCUUCCGCGUCAACCACCGCCUGCGUCGCGGCUUCACCUUCCUCCACCACGACCAGGAGGUGACCGCGCGGGUGACGUACGAGGCGCGCGGCAGCUACCUGGUGAGCGUGGACGGCCGCGCCGGGCCGCUGCGUGUCUCCGGGGCGCUGGUGGACCGGGGCGGUCGACUGGAGCUGCGCCACCGAGUGGACGACGCCUGCGGCACGUGUGGCGUCGUGGUCGACCAGGGAGACGUGCACUUGUUCACGGCCGACGGCGGCCAGGUGUUCCGGAGGAAGCCCCCCGCCUGGCUGGCCGCGCUGGGGGCCCAGCGGCCCGGGGAGGCGUCCACGGGGGCCGGCGCGGUGGCGCCCAUGCCCGGCGUCGUGGAGAAGGUGUGCGUGGUCCCGGGUCAGGCCGUCGGGGCGGGCGACCCGCUGGUGGUCGUCAUCGCCAUGAAGAUGGAGCACGUGGUGCGCGCUGCACGGCCCGGCGUGGUGGAGAGGGUCAGCUGCUCCCCGGGAGACACCGUGGCCAGGAACGCCGUGCUCGUGUACUUUGCAGAGUGACGGCCCUUCCGCUCGCCGUCACGUGACACGCUCGGAACGUGGCUUGCCAUCAGAGUGAUCUUCCCAGUUGCAUCCUCCGUGUGUCUCGAGGAGGCUCUGCCCCUAGAGCGAACCGCGUGCAAUUCUCUUUCGUUUCUCAGAAGUAACCUGGCACUGACUUUGUCAUGAAUUAAUGUUACUCAUGCCAGGACAGAUCCUUGCAGGCAUUGUGGGAAAAGCUGCAGGCGACUUUGAAUGACAAGUAGGUAUUUAGUUUCUAUUUUUUUAUAUAUAUAAUAUUUUUAUAGCAUUUUGAAACGCCAGUUUUUAGGAUUGCAAUACUCCACUACUAAGGACUUGAAGAAAAUUAUUUUUUAUUAUAAAAGUUUUACAGUCAAUGGCUGUUAAGAACAUGUGCCUAAAGCAUGACCUAGGUGGGUCGCUGUUUGCAAUGUUGGAGCAAGUGAUCGUGCUUGGCUCGUGUGUGAACUCAUGGGUCAUGAUGAGCGUUGUUUUCACUGGUGUUGGGCGGGUGAGUGUUGUUAAGGUGUGUGGUGGGUUCAAUAAGGAGCUGGCGUGUGCGGUGUGUGCUCCCGACACGGCUGCUACAGCCAGUGUUGGUAUUCUGUGUGGAAGAGCUUCCAAGCAUCUAGUGGACACAUUUAUAAUGUGUAUUCAUGAAGACCCAAGUAGUGUUCGAUAUUAAUUAUGUUAAAAAGGUUCACCUAUUAUUAACUGUGGGCUGGUAUUUUCUAUGCACUUUCAAAUGAUUGUUGUGGAGUGGAAGAGGGGUGGUUCUUAAACUAACCUUUUUGACAAUAAUUGCUGUUUCGUGCAGCAUUACGGCAGCUGUGCAGUUCUAAACUGUGGCCUGCCAGUGGUCGCUGCAUGUGAUGAGUGCGUGCUAGCUCUUCUCGCAACAGCCAGAUACGUCCACAGGCCUGUCGCUGUCAGUUGCUUGCUGGAUCUGUCACAUCCAGCCUCCCGUGCGUGGAGCGUGUGCCUUGGACUUGCCAGCCGUCGCGUUGUGAAUCUGUUCAGUUGGAGCACAGUACAGUUGAGUCCCAUUAAUCUGGAGCUCGUCCGGACAUCCGUUAAUUCGUGUGGGAUUUAAAAAAAAUAAACAGGUUUGUCAGAGGUGCCCCCUCCCCCCUCCCCAACACUAUGACUCACCCCUCCCCCCUAACCUAAUGAUGGCCCCCCUCCCUCCUGAAAUUUUAUAUGCCAUUUUCUCAAUGAUUUACUCAAUUAUUUUAUAAUGUUAUACUUUUUUAGUAUUAUAUUUUGUUACAUUUUGCAUUAAUUAAAACUGAUUUUCUAAUAAUAAUUUUGGUCAUAUCAGGUAAUAUUUCCAUCCUGAACCGACAGAUGCCAAACUGCUUUUGUUGAGGAAAGUGCGGGGUUGCCAAUUUGAUUUACAAGAUCCCUUUCAGUUUUCAACUAUCAAAGCACCAGAAACGUAUUUUCACAUUAGAAGCUAUAAGUAUGUAAAUAAUAUAUACAUUUUUCUCGUCUUUUAACACCCCCCCCCCCUUCACCCCCUGAAAUUUUAAUGACGCAGUCUGCGUCGUUACCUCCCCUUGUGGGCACCCCUGGGUUUGUUGUUCAAAAACUUAAGUCUACAUAUACAGUACUAUUACAAAUAAAACUAAGCUCUAGGUAAAGUUGUAUUUAUGAAAGAAGUGAAAAAAACCAUGAUUUUAUAGUUGUACUCAUGUAAAACUUGUAUAAUGUGCAUUUUAAGGGGAAUUCCGUUUAAUCUGGACGUUGGCUGGUCCGGAUGGGGUCUGGGCCUAUCCAGUCCGGACUAGUGGGACUAAGGUACUGCACAUGUAAUAUACUUGAAUCAAAAUGUGUUUGGCUUGUGGAUAGCAUCAUUAAGUUAGUUUCUCAACUAAGACCACAUUUUAUUUCACAUGCUAAUUUUGCAUUCCUUUCAGGUCAGUAUUAUGAACCAUUCAUUUCCACUAAUUAGCCUGCAUAAUGUAAACUCAAAUUAUAAAAUAUUUGUUUUGUGUUGUGUUGGUUCUUUAUACACUGAUGUAUUUAUUUACUAAGAUUUUGUUUGACUUGUAACAACUGUACAAAACUAAUCUUUGAUUCAUGCUAUGUUCGUGUUUUCUGACCUAAGUGCUGUGCUUGAAGCAUAAGUUUUAAAUGAUGUAAAAUAUGUUAUAUUGAUCUGAAUAUUUCUAUUUUUGAUACAAACCUUUUCAAAUUGUAUGUACGUGUUAUGUGAUGUAAUUUUAAUAUUGUAAUAAAUGAUGAUUUUAUAUUAGGAUUAA